GUCCUCAAUCGACAUCACCACCAUCUCAUCAACAUCACUUCGCACCCAAACCACCCACGGCUCUUGAUCGCCGUACGCAUACGAAUCGCAUACGAACCCCCUCGAGGGCUACAGACCCAAUUGCGACGUCCGCGCCCCUACGCACAACAUACACACACAAACAAUGGCCUCCUGUCGGAUCCCAGCCCUACGGCACCUGGUCACCACCUCCCAACGCGCCUUCCGCGCCUCAAACCAACGCCGCUGGGCCCAGGUCCACGACGCCCGCUUCCUCGCCACGACCCAACAGCCCCGCGCCGUCGUCGAAAAGUACCGCGCCAAGCUCGAGAAGAAGGCCCAGCAGGAGGGCGUCUCCAACAUUGACGAGCUCAAGGCCGCCUACGCCGACAAGAUCCAGGAGCAGAAGAAGAAGGACGCCCUCUCCGUGCCGGGCCUCGAACACCUCCUCAACGACGAGCCCGCGCCCGCGGCGAUACCGACAACGGCUACUACCACAACGAGCGAGACGGGAGAAGCCCAGGCACAGACAAAAGACAAGGCCCCGAUCCCCGGAUCCUCCUCGGGCAACGGCGUCAAACCCCUCGACGAGAUCCUCGACCUACCCAAGGCGCGCGAGCUGCCGGACAAGGAACUCACGGCCAUCUGGCGCCUCCGCCACGCCUCUGACCCGUCCUCCCUCUGCGCCGUCAUCCCGGCGGCGACCUACGCGCAGAUGGAAUCCCUCGCCCGCCAGAACCCGCAAUUCAUCCUCCCCGUCCCGCAUGAGUCCCAGGGCGCCGAGAUCCACUUCUUGCAAUGGGUCUUUGACGCCGCUUCGCGCACCGCGACAGUCAUGUUCACGCAGCUCGCCGAGUUCAAGGCGCGCGGCGAGUUCGCCCAGCCGCACACGACCAUCACGCACCAUACCGACCUCGCGGCCGAGAGGGGCCUCGUGCUGAUGCAGGGCAAGUGCCUCGAGGACCGCGGAGUCAAGACGGCGCACGCGCAGUGGCUCGUGCUGUGUCUGCAGCGGUUCUACGGCGAGGCGGAGGGCAAGGAGAGGGCCGAGGAGAGGAGGAAGCUGUUGGAAUGGUUCCGGUUGGGGGAUGAGCGGUUUAGUGUCGAGAAGCUCAUGGAGGAGGCGGAGCGCAUCAGCUAAAGUUCCGAGGCGUUUGCUCCUGCACGGUGAGGAGGGGUGUGCCUGAAAUGCCCUCGUAUAGGAGAGGAGGAUGGAUCGUGAGCUCCUGAAGAGAGGAAGGAGGCUCCUGUACAAAUGUUCCACCAUG